AUGACUGGUCCAUUUACAAGUUCCAUAAAAAUUGGAUUAAUGGCUACAAAGAUCAACCUGACAAUCAUACUCUGCACUAUUACUAAUACCAGUCAGAUGUCACAAAAAAUCAAGAAAGAAAAUACGUGA